CGGGCCUCGGCGGGGCGGCCGGGACUACAAAUCCCAGGGAAGAGCGGGCGGAGGCGAGGUAGGGCCGCCGUCUCAGGGCGGGGGGUACGAACGAGAGCCGGUCGCGUGGUCGGCGGCCGCCGCCAAGGGCUGCUCCUGCGCCCGCGCGCUCAGAGUUUGCUCCCUCUCGGGCAUGGCGGUGCCAUGCGUCAUCCUCCUAACUGUGCUCGGAGCAGAAGUCACCAGCAAAGCCACUGAGAGCUUGGAAUGUGAAGCAGAAUGCUGCAUCGAUACAAUGGAUGCCAAUCACACCUGUCUCGCCAACAGCCAGUGCACUCCAGGCUGCUACAGGCGGUGGAACCAAGACGGCAGCAGCAGCUGCGUGAAAUGUGAGAAUGAAACCCUCCCUGCGGCCUCGGUGUACAACCUGACUGACUGCCAAAAUGAUGCUGCCGGGGAAGUGAAUCCUUUGACCAACAUAACCACUGUAACUCCAGUUAACCUCGGUGUUGGAGGCCCAGAAGUAGCUGCUUCCUUAAUUUUUGGGACCUUCUUGAUCAGCCUCUUCCUUAUCCUGUGCGUUGCGUCCUUCUUCUACCUGAAACGUGCCAAUAAGCUCCCCAGUCUCUUCUAUCGAAGAAGCAAAGGGUCCAUUGUACAGACUGCUGAAUCAGCAUCCAUGUUAUCCCCACCUUCUUCAAUCCGGAAGCCCCGCUAUGUCCGACGGGAGCGUUCGCUCGUGACCUCCGGCACCAGCACAGCUCUGUCCGCCGAGACCCGGGUCAGCAACGUGUAGCACUGGGACUUGUAAAUAACGGAGCAGCCCGUCGCCUCUCUGGGGAAGCGCCGAAGAAGAGAAUUGGUGGCUGGGGGCAGAAGGCCACCGUGCUACCGUCAGGCUUGUCCCCGUCUGCGUGGAGUGGGAACUCCGGAGUUUGAUUAGCUUUAGGAGAGGAACGGUUAGAGCAACUGCUCUCGGAUGGGCGCCCAGCGAGUUUUCCUGGUUGCCAAGCAGCUUCGAGAGGUCCCCUGGCAACUUCGAAACGGUUGGGACUGAGCCUCCUUGCCAGCGGGGAGCCGCCUCGAGGAAGUGGCCGCGCUUCGAGAUUCUCAAGUGCCAUUUUUUGGAGGUGCGGGCGGGUUUUGGGAACGAAAUCGCACCGUCUGCUUUCCGGAGGCGGUUUUCUCAGAUACGGGCUAGGCUGCUAGAAAGCACGUUGGCCCCCUUCCUGUUCUGUGUUUUUCAUACAGUUUGACCAAGGCCUUAAGCUCAGGGCAGCAUUGCCUUUUUUGAGCAUUCAGAUUGGAUUGCUUCUCCCCUUUUCACUUUGCAUCCGGAAAGGACCGAGCCAAGUUCCCCCGCCUUCGGAAAAUCCUAGCCUGCUCCUCCGGUUCUUGGAGUGCUGGCCAAACCGCACCUCGGACGGGCCCGUGUCCAGCCUUGGAAGCCCAGAGUUAGCUCUGCAAGCGGUCGGCAGCUCACCUCGUGGCCUCCGUUCGCCAGCAGUGAGAAAGACGGGGAAUUGGGGAUACUCUGUUGGCGUUCAGUUUGCUGCUCCUCAAAAGUAAAUCUAUAUCCUUCAGGGGGGACACAGUGUCUAUAUUGAUUUAGCUUCCAGAUUGACGCGUGUCUCUGCUUUCCCCAUAAUUGAACUCGCUUCCCCGCCUUCCCACCUGCGCCCUAUGCAGAUCUCCUAACUCGAGUUCUUUCAAGGACUUUAUGCAAAUUGAGGAGCGCCAGUCCUUAACUCUCCAAAGGCAAUGUUCAGCGACUUUAAAUGGCCCCAGACUGCUCCUCCUUCCCCUGUGGAGGGUUUCUUCAACUCAUUUUCAUUUGGGGGUGAUUUUGAUUCAGGUUAUCUAGGAAAUAGAGAACAGCGCCCGCUCCUGAACGGUAGGCGCCCUUGCCAGAUGUUUGAGCCAGACCACGAGAGGGGUGCGGUAGAAGUCACAUGCCUUCUGCCUUUUUUCUAAAUAAGGACACUGUGUUCUCCUUGCCUUGCUUUCUGUUAAGGCCUGGGCGCUUGUGGUCUUCCAGAAGUUGUCAGAAUACAAAUCCCAUCCCUAACAUUGGUCACACUAGCUGGGUUCACGGGAGUUAAAAUCCAAAAGCCUGUGGCCAACCAUGGGUUCAGUAGUCUUGCUAUCCAUGCCUCUCUCAAAGCUUUUUUUAAAAUCUGUUUGUUGACACUGGAGCUGCAUGGUUAUUAUUUUAAAUCCUUUCCUCUUCUUGGAUUCUUUAUAAUCCCUGUUGUGGGAAAGUGACUUGGGAAGAGCCUGUGGAAGUCCUGAGAUUCUUUUUUCUCUUUUUUACUCCCUCUGAUUGACCAAGAUACUAUGCAAUGAAACCAUGCUAUCUCCUUACACACCGAAGCCAGUCCUUUCCUUCCUGGUGCAUUUGUGGCUUGCUUCAGCUAGAGUUAUUCUUCCUCUCCGGGCAGAAUUUUAGGAAAAGCCAUUGCUCUCGUUCUGUUGCCUGGUAAUGUGUUUCAACCUCAAGGACAUGCCUUGAAUUUCUGGCCCAUAGCAAGUUUGGGAUUUGUUUCUUAUUCCAGGAUUGUACUUUUCUUUCGGUUGCGCCCAGACUGAACUGCACCAUCCGCAGCAAGGAAAGAGUGUUUGUUCUUUCAGCAGAAAGGGUGAAAAAUUUUUGAAGUGAGCCAUUUAAACCAAAACACUGGAAUAGAUACAGUUUCUUUUUUUAAUUCCUUCACACUAUUGUGUCAAAUGCAAAAUGUGUGGGUUUGUAUAUACAUCUUUAUUUUUUCACUCCCUCCUCUUUCACCUCCCCCCUUCCCUCUGCCUUGAAUAAAAGCACACCGAAUCUGACAUAUUUUUAAUGUUAAAAGGUGA